AGAAAAAUGAAAAAGGCAAAAGGAAAAAAGUGUAUUUGCAGGACGACGGCGUUUCGUCCAAGAACUGAACCCCCAGUACCACUCUUGGCUGCAGACGGCGUCCGAUCUGAAAGCCAGCAAAGGAUCUUUCCACUCAUCAAUGGAGGAGAAGCCCCAAAUUCGAAGUAACACAAAGAAGCUAGGGUUUUGGAAAUGGGCAAUAGCUUCGGUCAUAUUCAGAUUAAUUCUCAGUUACUUCUCCAAAAAUCUCAACCUGUCCUCUCGCCCCGAAGUCUCCACUCCGCUCACCAGCCUACGUCGCUUGGCGGAGGGCUACUGGCUAAAGCGAUUAUCGAUGUCACCGUAUUCUGGUUCGAUGUACCAUGGUUCGCCUUUAUUGCUCUCGAUUCUCGGUCCUCUUACUGUGAAAACAAUUGGAGGACAACCUAGUCAUCUAUUGUGCAGUCUGGUUUCUGUGUUUGCAGAUCUUAUCAGCUCAAUUCUUAUCCGUGCAACUGGACACAGUCUUGUGCGAGCACAUGUUCACAAUUUGAAAUCAUUGGGCCUUGAUAAACUGUUCAAAGACAUAGAGAUUCUGCCAUCUGGUGAUAUUGCUGCUCUCGUGUAUUUGUGGAACCCUUUCACAAUUGUCUCUUGCGUUGGUUUUAAUACAUCACCUAUUGAAAACCUGUUCGUGAUCUUGUCUCUUUAUGGAGCAUCUGCAGGACUAAUACCAUUAGCAGCUUUUGGGUGGGUCAUAGCAUCACAUUUGUCUCUUUAUCCCUUGGUUCUAAUCAUACCGGUGAUCUUUUUACUGGGUUACGGUCUGGAUGCACCCCCAAGAAAAUUAUUCGUGCGGAGUACGCAAGUUGGAGAAGAGAGACCAGUUGAUCAUGUAGAACUCAAGUCAGUGACUAAUAAACCCUUAAAAACAACGAUUUUCUCCUGGCGGCCAGUCAUUGUCUUCUUUUUGUGGGCAUCCAUAUGGAUACUGUACGUGUUAAUGUUGUGUGCUAUUGAUAUGAAAGAGCAUGGUGGUCUUUGGGAGAUGUUUAAGAGGACAUAUGGUUUUAUUCUUACUGUCAAAGAUUUAUCUCCUAAUAUAGGUGUCUUAUGGUACUUCUUUGCUGAAGUGUUUGAUUUUUUCAGGAAUUUUUUCCUGAUAGUUUUUCACGUGAACAUUCUCUUCAUGAUAUUGCCUUUGGCCAUACGGCUAAAUCAUAGGCCAUGCUUUUUGGUCUUUGUUUACUUGGCAAUCUCUUCAAUGCUAAAAUCUUAUCCUUCAGUUGGGGAUUCAGCUUUAUACUUGAGUUUACUGGUGUUAUUUGUUAAUGAGUUAGCAGAAAUGCAAUUUUCAUUCUUCCUCUUUUGUGGAUAUGUUGGGGUUUCACUUUUAAGCCCUGUGAUGCACAAUCUGUGGAUUUGGAGGGGGACUGGCAAUGCAAACUUCUACUUUGCAACAGCCAUAGCAUAUGCUUGUUUUCAGAUCGUUCUUGUGGUUGAGAGUGUGAGUGCUAUGCUUAACUAUGACAGAAAGAUCAGAAAACUAUGCAAUACUGCAAAAGUUUGAGAUGCCUGCUGCUUUUAGAUAAAGGGUAUUUGGACUAGUUAUUUGGUAUUUACUUCGCUUGAGCUGGCCUUGAUGCUUGACUUCUGUGCGAUAAACUGCUGGAGAUAGUCUGCUGUGCGAUAAACUGGUGGGAGCAAAGUUUCAAAUAGAAGUUUAUACAGAUUACAGAGGAUCCCUUGCAACAUAUUUCGAAUUGUCCUUCAAAUACAUUCUAGCGCAAUCAGUACCGAAUAGACCAGUGGGAAACUAAAUGUGGUCAAAAUGAAUUUCAACGGACCAGUAGAAGUGUACCGAAUAGAACACAAACUUUGCCAUGAGACAAUGGGUGAAUUUUGUAAUUCUCCAGUUAGAGAACAACUGUCGGCGAUGGAACCUGCAGUAAGACUUGUGAACUGUUCUCUCUCUCUCUCUAUGCAACUGCCCUCAGCUAUCUAGUUUUAUGAAUUUGU